AUGUAUACUCAAUAGAUUGCAAAAUUAUUUGGAGAAUUGAUAGAUUUAGAGAUGAUCUAAGAAAAAAUGAUCAAAAUUGUUUUAAUAAUUAAAUAUACGAUAGGAUUAGAUAUGUAAAGAAGAUGGAUUCUACGCAUGGAAUAUAGAUUUUAAGAACAAAGUGAAUUCACUACAGUUGCCAGUCAUAUUUUAAGUUUAAAAUAUAUUUACUUAUAUUUAUAAUUGGCCUUUAAGUUAUUUGAUUGUUGUUAGGAUAUGAAUGGUGCAUUUGACAAAAUAUUUAAGAUGACCAAAAUUAACAAAAUCUAAUUAUUAAAGAGUCUUAUAAUAUUCUAACAAUUGAUACCCAGAUGGAAAAUUGGAAAUUUUACUUUGUUAUGUAUAAUGCUUUUAUAAUAUUAUGUUAUUAAUUCCAAAACAAAUUUAGACUAAGAAAUGCAAAUUGUAAACAAAAUUUUUUUAAUAGAAGUUAAAAUUAAUUAAAUAAUCACCAAAAAUAUAUAUGAUUAUUAAACUUUAUUUUUUAUUCAAUCAAUUUUUAAAAAUAAGAAAUUUAAUAAUAAAUCUUAAAUUCAUUAUAUCAUAAUUUUUCAAGGUAAUCAAAAUUGA